CUUCCACUUUCUUUGCAGAAAUGUUCCUUAUUCUCUAGAAAACAUUAUGCUUUGGCUGACAUGCUUUCAGUGGGAUUUGUUUUAGAAAGUGAUAUGUGACCCUGAUACUAUUUGACAGGCUCCAUGACAGGCCUUGGGGGACUCCCUGGCAGCAAGGGGCAGGCCUGGGCUUACAACUUGGCAGAUGAAUUUAGGGGUGUGCACUUGCAAGGACUUAGGAGGGCUCUAGCUUCCCUGUCAUUUUAAAGAUAGAGAAACACAGGCCUGGAGAAGGGAAGAAAUAAACCCAGGGAAUGCGAGGGAUGGCACUAUGCUGGCAGGAGCAGGAAGACCAAGGCUGUCACAUUCCAGGGAGUGCGACUGGAGUGAAGCAAGUGGCCACAAAACACUGAACGUAAGCCCUGAGGCUUUGCCACUUGCUGGCACCAAGGACUCUGCAGUGUUGAGCCAAGAGGAUGGACUUUGGAGCCAGACUUUCUGGGUCUAUAAUCAUUCAGUGUUUAUCUCCUCCUCUAAAAUGGGGACGAUGGGAAAUUCUGACACACGCUUCAACACAGAUGCACCUUGAAGACAUUAUGCUAAGUGAAAUGAGAGAGCCAGGCACGAAAGGGAUGGAACUGGGGCCUUUCUGUGCGUCCCCCUGAGGGACUACCGUCUCUUGGCCACCCGCCCUGAUCCCGCAGGAGCCAGGCUGGCCCAGCCCUCUGACAGGCCGGCCGCCGCCCACGACUGGACUAAACAGCGUCCCCAGGCGCCCGAGCCGCCCAAUGGGGCACCGCGGUCGGGGGGCGUGGCCGCAGGGGCGUGGCCUGAGGUCUGAGACCCGAGUCCUGGCACUGGAGUUUGCUUUCUCCCGCUGGUUUCCCCUCUGGUCGGUCUGUCCCCGCUAUGGGCCUGGAGCUGUACCUGGACCUGCUGUCCCAGCCCUGCCGCGCUGUUUACAUCUUCGCCAAGAAGAACGGCAUCCCCUUCGAGCUGCGCAUCGUGGAUCUGAUUAAAGGGGCCCUUCCAGUCUUUGCCAACCAGGAGUGCAGACUGGUGGGAAGAAGAGCUAUGAAACUGGGACCUGAGUAUUGCAGGGAGGGGCACAGACCAUGGCGGGCUCAGCGUUCUCCUCCCACCACUCACCAUGCUGGAUUCUUCCCAGGUCAGCACUUAAGCGAUGCUUUUGCCCAGGUGAACCCCCUGAAGAAGGUGCCAGCCUUGAAGGACGGGGACUUCACCUUGACGGAGAGUGUGGCCAUCCUGCUCUACCUGAUGCGCAAAUAUAAGGUCCCUGAUUACUGGUACCCUCAGGACCUGCAGGCCCGUGCCCGUGUGGAUGAGUACCUGGCAUGGCAGCACACGACUCUGCGGAGAAGCUGCCUCCGGGCCUUGUGGCAUAAGGUGAUGUUCCCUGUUUUCCUGGGCGAGCCAGUAUCUCCCCAGACACUGGCAGCCACCCUGGCAGAGCUGGAUGUGAACCUGCAGUUGCUCGAGGACAAGUUCCUCCAGAACAAGGCCUUCCUUACUGGGCCUCACAUCUCCUUAGCUGACCUGGUAGCCAUCACGGAGCUGAUGCAUCCUGUGGGUGCUGGCUGCCAAGUCUUCGAAAGCCGACCCAAGCUGGCCACAUGGCGGCAGCGCGUGGAGGCAGCAGUGGGGGAGGACCUCUUCCGGGAGGCCCAUGAGGUCAUUCUGAAGGCCAAGGACUUCCCACCUGCAGACCCCACCAUAAAGCAGAAGCUGAUGCCCUGGGUGCUGGCCAUGAUCCGGUGAGCUGGGAAGCCUUACCCCUGCACUGCCCUCAACAGUCCACAAAGCACUUUCAUUUCUAAUGGCCCAUGGGAGCCAGGCCCAGAAAGCAGGAAUGGCUUGCCUAAGACUUGCCCAAGUCCCAGAGCGCCUCAGCUCCCGAGGCCACCAUCCCUACCCUGUCUUCCACAGCCGCCUGAAAGCCAUCAUGAGAAUGAUGCACACUGAGACCCUGUGUCCUUUAAUCACUGCAUUUCAUUUUCAUUUUGAAUAAUAAACCUGGGCUCAGCCUGAGCCUCUGCUUCUAA